AACAUUGAUCCAUGGUUCACAAAGUAUGGGUCAAGACGGGAACCGUUAACUGUCUGCGAUGGGCUCGAAUUCUUCGGCACGGGCCAUAUCGGGACCACUCGGGAGGGUCUUAUAGUUUAGUUAGGCCUUGGACCCGGUUAUUCCCGUGCAGUGGAAUAUGAUCUGCGACCCAUUUAUUCCUUAUUUCGAUUUCGAUUUUAUUUGGCUAUGUUAUCAUUAUCAGUAGUAUUAUUAUUUUACCCUUUUAUUUCUUCCUUGUUACCGUCUCAUUUCAUUUAUAACAGAAAUAAAAACGAAAAGUUUAAAGCUGUACAACACCUCCCCUAUUUCAUACUAGGAUGCUCCCUAUUAGAUACGCCGUCCCGAAACCCCGACAGCAGAGUUUGGCGCCAAGGACGAACCCGGGACAGAAUUCUGCAGCACCUUAACAGUCAAACUGCCAUCUCAGUAAUUACGUUGCUAUCGGGAUUCCUGUUCCCCUGCGUUAGCAGAUUCAAGCUGCCCUGGAGUAUGCCAUUGCCCUUCGGGGCUGAAAAAAAGGGAGGCUGUAGCAUCAGUAUGAUGCGCUUUCCCAGAUGACGAUGGAGGAAGUUGUGUCCAGCGAGGUGAAUCUCCCAGCCAAGCAGGAUCAAGAUGCACGCUAGCGUCUUUUUCGUAUAGCCACAAACGCUUGAUUUUUUUUUAAGUCACGUGAACCGAGCGCUCUGGAUCUGAGUGGCUAUUUUUAGUUCAGGAUCAUAGGG